AGUACUUGUUCUGAUCCGCUGCGCCUCCGCUGGACAUAUAUAUAUAUAAUUAACCGCGCUCACGUGGCAACAACGUGGGCUGCUGUAAUCGGUGGAGUUAGACACCCCCUACAUUUUGUUGUGAGAAGGGCGAUAGAGCUCUUUGAUAUCCUCAUAAAAUCAAACCUUGAAGCCCGUCGAGCGGCCUGCUGGACUGACGAUCACCAGACAGUCAUGUCGAGUCAUCAAGACUCAGCUGCUCCGCUCAAAUCUCUCCUUCUGCGGCCUCCAUCGACGGUCGUUUCCCCUCCCUCCCCUGUAGACGCAACUGUCAACCACUCGCAGCUCUUUGCUAGAGACGCCGAAGCUUCGCGUGGAGAUGGCGGCAACGAUAGCGAGGCUGGUGAAGCAGUGACAUACGACUCGCCUGAGGAGGAGGAGGAAGAGGACGACGUAUCGAAUGGUCAGCGGGCAGGUGAAGCCAAAAUCACAGAUCGCUCUCAUCCGAAGCGUCACACCGAGUCCUCCGCAAAAAGCGUCAUGAAGAGGAAGGAGGGAGAUGUAACGCCCAUAGCUUCCCAACAACUUUCGGCCUCUCCACAGACUGAACCUACACUCCUGGCUCCAGAUGCGGUCCGCUUCAAUCCCAAUUGGACGCCAUUUAAUAGUGGGAUCGCCAGCGGUCCCUCGUCACGUUCAGCUUCCCCAUCCUCCCCUCAAUUUCGGAUGAGAGGCCUGCAUCAUCGUCGGACGAGCUCAACACAUCGUGUCAGAGAGACGAUAGCGGCUCAGCAAAUUGACACGCCAGACGGUCAAAGGAUGGUAAACCAGUACAAGAUCGGUCGGAGUCUUGGCAAGGGUGGAUAUGCCAAGGUCGAGUUGGCAAUCGAUGUCGGCACUGGAGAACAAUAUGCUAUAAAGGAGUUCUCUAAAUCACGACUUCAUCUCCAGGCUCUGCAGGACAAGCACAAACGAGCCUCAAGAGGUCGCUUGACCCGCGUUCGAGGAUCCCCAAAACCCCCUGCCGAUGACGGGAAGCGCAAAGCUGGAGAAGACGCUGGUGAUCCGAUAGAGUCUCCGUUGGCGGAUGACAAUCCGAAUGGACCCUGGGCUCCCAUAGACUCGGCAAAUUCGGAGGAGGAUCCGCUCGCGCUGAUUCGGCGUGAGAUCGCGAUUAUGAAAAAGCUAGAUCACCCACAUCUCGUCAGCCUUUUUGAAGCGAUCUCGGUACCAAAUGCCGAUGCCCUGUUCCUAGUGCUGGAGUAUAUGCCAGGGGGAGUGUUAAUGGAAGUAAAGAUCGGUCCUCAGGUGAAAGACACUGAGCCUCCAUUUCCUGUCGAGCAGACAAGAGAGUACUUUCGCCAGCUCGUUUUGGGCCUCGAAUACCUCCACGCGAACGAGGUCAUUCAUCGAGAUGUCAAACCGGACAACAUCCUGUUGUCUGCCGAUCGCGAGGUGGUCAAACUGUGUGAUUUUGGCGUUUCGGAGAUGUUUGUGAAUCAGGGCGAUGAUAGAGUGAAGAAAGAGGGCGGUAGUCCAGCUUUCUUGAGUCCGGAAAGUUUCACCAGCCAGAUACAUGAGGUUCAUGGCAAGGCAGUAGACAUCUGGGCCUUGGGUGUCACGCUCUACUGCAUGCUCACAGGUGGACUGCCAUUUACUGUUGAAAAUCCAUUGGACCUUAUGCACGUCGUGCAGAACGAGCAGCCGCCGGAACAUCCAGAAUGGGACCAAAAUCUGCGAGACCUGGUCCAUUGCAUGCUAGAUAAGAAUCCGGAGACUCGAGCAUCAAUUGAAACACUUCGCGAUCAAGCAUGGGUCACAGCCAACGGCCAGGAGCCAAUGAUCUCGUCGGAGAACAACUUGUUUUAUCUCGGUUCUCAUGUCGAAGAACCCACAUUGCACGAAAUCACAAUGGCCAUCGCCUCGUUGCGCAGUGUUUUCACCGUGGUCAGGGCCAUCCAAAAAUUCAAGCGUUUGGGUUUGCAUCGUCUCCCUUCCUCCGGAUCUCAGCCUCACCGCUCUUCUACCCUCUCACCUCGUACCGAUCAGACAUUUUCGCCGCAUACCACGAAUCCGUCCCUGUAUUCCGGAUCCAUGGACUCGUACGCUUCUCAUCCUUCGACAGAAAGCGAUGUGACAGCACCGACAGACUUUGAAGAUCAUUACCGUCCUUCCAGCCCCAGUCCGCUGAGCAAGAUGGGAAGUAUCGAUACAGAAACAGAACGAGCAGAUUCGACGCCUUCUCGCAGAGUUGAAGCUAUCGAUGUGGAAAAGGCGAAUGAGGCGCCAACAGAAGAGCCUGAUAACGUUCUCCUGUGCGACUCGCCGACUUCGGAAUGAAAGGCUCCUGGUUGGCAUCUCCAUGGACCCAUAUUUAUGUUGUAUGACGGGUGAAGUGGCCCAUGUCGUUCGCUAGAUUCGGUCA